GAUGUCGGGGAGCGGCGGAGCGUCGCUGCUGCUGCUGCUGCUGGCGGCGGUGCUCGGUGCCCCGGGGGCCGCACAGCCGACGGGGGAAGCUGCCUGCCGCCCAGUCCGCGCCGCCUUCCAGGUGCUGCAGCCCGGAGCCAAGUGGGUGCCCGAGAGCCCCGUGCCAGGGACUGAUCUGCAGGUAUGCAUCCCAAAGGGCUCCACAUGCUGCUCAAGGAAGAUGGAGGAGAAGUACCAGGCAACAGCCCGUCUGAACAUGGAGCAGCUCCUGCAGUCUGCCAGCAUGGAGCUGAAGUUCCUCGUCAUCCAGAACGCUGCUGUCUUCCAAGAAGCCUUUGAAAUCGUAGUGCGGCAUGCAAGAAACUUCACCAACAGCAUGUUUAGGACCCACUACAAGAGCAUGGGACCCAGAGCUCUUAAAUUUGUUGGAGAACUCUUUACUGAUGUUUCUCUGUAUAUACUGGGCUCUGACAUCAGUGUUAAUGACAUGAUAAAUGAAUUUUUUGACAGUCUCUUUCCUUUGGUUUACUCCCACUUGAUUAAUCCCAGCUCCCCUGAUCCCUCUGGGGAAAUGACCGAAUGCCUGCGGGCAGCCAGGAGGGACCUCAAAGUCUUUGGUAACUACCCGAAGGUGAUGAUGACGCAGGUGUCCAAGUCACUGCAGGCCACGCGUGUCUUCCUGCAGGCGCUGAACCUGGGGAUUGAGGUGAUAAACACCACUGACCACCUGAAAUUCAGCAAGGACUGCGGGCGGGCGCUGCUGAAGAUGUGGUACUGCUCGCACUGCCAGGGGCUGCUCCUGGCCAAGCCCUGUGCCGGCUACUGCGGCGCGGUGAUGCAGGGGUGCCUGGCGGGCGUCGUGGAGAUCCACAACCACUGGAGGGAGUACAUCGGGUCUCUGGAGGGGCUGACCAAAGGCAUGCACGGCAUCUAUGACAUGGAGCACGUCCUCCUGAACCUGUUCUCCUUGGUGCGGGAUGCGAUCGUCCACGUGCAGAAGAGCGAGGGAAAGCUCUCGACAGCCAUCAGCCGGUUAUGUGGCCAUGCUCAGCAGAGGCAGGUUCGAUCAGCUAAUUACCCUGAAGACCUUUUCGUUGACAAGAAGGUUCUGAAGGUGACUCACAUUGAGCAAGAAGAAACUUUGUCGAGCAGGAGGAGGGAACUCAUUGCGAAGCUGAAGUCUCACAGCAGUUUUUACAGCAGCUUGCCAGAGUACAUCUGCAACCACAGCUCUGCGGUUCAGAAUGACACCCUUUGCUGGAAUGGACAAGAAGUUGUGGAGAGGUACAGUCCCCAAAUCACAAGGAACGGAGCAAAAGCUCAGUCUGGCAACCAUGAGGUGAAGAUGAAAGGUCUGGAGCCAGUGAUCAGCCAGAUUAUUGACAAGCUGAAACACAUCAACCAGCUGCUCAGAGGGAUGGCUUUGCCCCGCCAAAAAGCUCCAGGCAGAACCCUGGAGGAGGAGGAGGAGAGUGGAGACUGCGACGACGAAGAUGACUGCGGCCGAGGCUCUGGAGACGGAGAGCUGCGAGUGAGGAACCAGCUCCGGUUCUUAGCAGAGCUGGCAUAUGACCUGGAUAUGGACGACAUCUCUGCAAAUAAGCAGCUUCUGAAUCAGCAAAGUAAAGAUGGUGCCACAGUCCCCAGCAGUGACCCUGUGAGUGCAGCCACCCGCCCCGGUCCUGCUGCUGCCUUUGCCCUGGUCCUGCUGCUGUUGCUGGGCCACUGGCCAUGAGCGGAGCUGGAGGCACCGAUCCAUGUCUCUCCAUGCCUUUUUUUAAUGAGGAAGACAUUUGGAACUUCUUCUGAAAUAUAUGCACAUUUCUGAAGACAGGAUAAAUGGCCUGAGUUGCUUUUUAAAGAUAAUCCUAUUUACUGUGAGCUGGUUCGUAUUAAACUGUGUUCUUCGCAGUUUUUGAAGACUAAAUUCUCUCUUGCUGUUAAGGUGAAGACCAUAUUUCAUCUUGAGUUGUUCGAACAUGCAUGGGGUACAGAACACCUACAGUUUAUGAAAUACUCUCAGCAAAUAUUAGACCCCUGAUCCUACGUGACUUAAUACAGAUUUUUUUCUGUAGUUCAAGCGGUUUUUGUACUUAGUCCAAAUUCGAGUCUCACCCCUAGGAAUCUGGCCAGGACAUAAUACUGAGGGCAUGUGAAGACAAGGGAGAGAGAAGAUCAGACACACAGCAGGAGGAAAGAUGCUGUGGAUGAGGAGUUGCCAUGCACUGGGAUUAUCACGGAGACAUGCUUCCCUGGGCGCGAAACAUCUUGCAUCAUGGCAAGUUGCAGGUGACUUUGCUGCUCACAUCCCAGCCGAGUCCUGAAGCCCGUCAGUUCAGGUAGCUGGUCCCUACCAGCAUCCUUGUGGCCCAUGCAAUGCCCUGGUUUUAUUCUUCAGAAGUGAAGCACCUCCUUUCCCACGGGAAAUCUGCUAAGGCAGCUCCAGCCAAAGGACAGACGGCGUGGAUGUACACACUGUGCUUUACAGGGAUGAAUAACGGGCGUCCAAUGUGCUGUGCUAUGAAGGAGGAAAAGAAAAGGAUUUGUAAGAGCCUGAGGCAGAUGAGACUCUUACUCAUGUGUUUCUUUGCAUGUUACUUUACAUAAGGUAUCUCUAAAAUAAAGAUUGGUUGCUCUAUAA